AUGACUGACUAUCGACUCCCGAUGCAUCAUCAGCCGCCGCCGGCUCGCAAACCAGUUGCCGGAAUGCAUUCCGGCUUUCCCUACCAGGCCUAUGACGGGCCUCACCACCAGCAGCUUUCUCCCCAUCCAUCGGCCGCCUCCCUUGCGCACAACCGCCGGCGAACCUCUUCCUCCCAUGUGUUACCCUACAUGGCACAACAGCAGCAGGCAUACUCUGCGGGACCCUCACCACAUCAUACGAUGACCGGUCCACCCAAUUACCCCCCUUCCAGGCGUUUAUCGAGUGCGACCACAUCUACGACCUCCACCGGCAAUGUUAACUACGGCGGUAACCCACAGGCAGAUAUUCGCCGCAGCACUUCGUCCCGCUCCGCCAAUGCUCAGCUGGGUUAUGUGGCUCUGAUGCGGAGACAAAAGGCAACAGUAUGGUGUGACCGAGCACAACCCGAGGAUCCUCGGAUACGGGCGCAAAAGCUGGUCGAUAAGAAGCGGGCGUACCUGGAAGUCCACGGCGCAGGCGCCGGGCGCACAGGUACCCUUGGAAGCGGCAAGAACAAGCACGGCGGCAAGGGAACCACUGAUUUCUCCCCCUCGACGCUCGUCGGUGCUACUGUCCCGGUUCGGCUCAGUGCGAACGAGGUCGGUGAUGCAGACGAGGAUGCACACAGUGACCGAGGCUUCCCUUAUCGCCGGACCGGUAGCGGUCGCAGUUCUCUGGGUAGCAAUUCUCGCUAUCCCAGUGGCUACCAACGUACUCCGCAGAGCACGAUGGGGAGCACCAGUACGCCUCCUAAUGAGAAGACCGACCUCCCUGAUGUCUCCGAGCACCCACCAGCGGAAAGCCACGAAGCCGAGCAGGACCACGCCUCCAUUAAGGAUGAUGCUGCUACUACAAACAGUUUCGGUAGUGAGCACGAAGAGUACUUUGGCACCGUGAGUGACAUGGCCGCACCAAGUGCGGCUUCUGCGGCGAUCGACAAGGCGAAGAAGGCGGAUGAACUGCGGCGCCGAGGCAGUGUAGAUGAUCGAACGACGUCCAUGACCAAUGUCCGGCUUUUCGUGGCGAACCCCGAUCUGAGUGACUAG